CGGGCCCCGCUCCCGCCGCUCCGCGGAACCGCCUCCGGCCCGGCCCGGCGCGGGCGGGCUCCAGGCUCUGUGUGUGGAAGAUGCCCAGCCGCAAGUUCGCUGAUGGCGAGGUGGUGAUGGGCCGCUGGCCGGGCAGCGUGCUGUACUACGAGGUGCAGGUGACCAGCUACGAUGAUGUGGCUCAUCUCUACACUGUCAAGUACAAGGAUGGAACUGAGCUUGCACUCAAGGAAAGUGAUAUAAGGUCGCAGUCAUCGUUCAAGCACAGGAAGAGCCAGUCCUCCUCGAGCUCUCCCUCCCGGAGGAGCAGCAGCCGCUCCCGCUCCCGCUCUCCCGGCCGGCCGGCCAAGGGCAGGCGUCGCUCUGCUUCCCAGAGCAGGGAGCACAAGGAGGACAAAAAGAAACCCAGCCAGGAGCCCAGCAUAGCUCUGCCGAAACCGAGUGAGAAUAACACCAAAAGGUACAAUGGUGAGCCUGAAAGUACAGAGAAAAAUGCCACAUCCUGCAUCAUCUUGGAGCAAAAGUUAAAACCAGACCUGGAAAUGAAGCGUGUGCUCGAGCAGUACAGCUUGCGUCCGAGGAAGGAUGACAAGAAAAAAGAAGAGAUUUAUUCAGAGAAAAAAACUUUUGUGGCUGUGAAACCAAUUGAGAAAGUAUCAACGAAAACAAAGGAGAUGGAGUUUGGGGGAAGAGUUGGGACCUUCAUGCUGAUGUUAGUCCUGCCUGCUACUGUAUUCUACCUGCUGUUGAUGUGCAAACAAGAUGAUCCAAGUCUUCUGAACUUCCCUCCUCUGCCAGCACUUGAGAGUCUUUGGGAUUGGAGGGUGUUUGGUGUCAUUCUCCUGUGGUUUUUCCUUCAAGCUGCAUUUUACUUGCUGCCAAUUGGAAAGGUUGUAGAAGGCCUGCCUCUUUCCAGUGGAAGGAGACUGCAGUACCGGAUAAAUGGGUUUUAUGCUUUUAUUUUGACUGCUGCAGCCAUUGGAGCUUUAUUGUACUUUGAAUUUGAGCUCCAUUCCUUGUACGAUCACCUGGUGCAGUUUGCAGUGGCAGCCGCAGCGUUUGCUCUGGCGCUGAGCGUUUACCUGUACGUGCGGUCCCUGAAGGCACCCGAGGAGGAGCUGGCACCAGGUGGAAAUUCUGGGUAUUUUAUUUAUGACUUUUUUACUGGACAUGAACUAAACCCUCGUAUUGGCAGCUUUGACCUCAAAUACUUCUGUGAGCUGCGUCCAGGAUUAAUUGGCUGGGUUGUUAUAAACUUGGCAAUGCUCUUGGCUGAGAUGAAGAUCCACAAUCUGAGUGUGCCAUCCCUGUCCAUGAUUCUCGUGAACAGCUUCCAGCUUCUCUAUGUGGUGGAUGCUCUUUGGAAUGAGGCAACUGUUUUGACUACAAUGGACAUUACCCAUGAUGGAUUUGGAUUCAUGCUGGCCUUUGGAGACCUGGUGUGGGUUCCAUUUGUCUACAGCCUGCAGGCCUUCUACUUAGUGGGUCACCCCAUCACAAUUUCUUGGCCUGUUGCCGCUGCAAUUACUGUUCUGAACUGUAUUGGGUAUUACAUCUUCCGCAGCGCAAAUUCUCAGAAGAACAAUUUCCGACGGAAUCCAGCAGACCCCAAACUGGCCAAUCUGAAGUUUAUACCCACUGCAACUGGCAAAGGGCUCCUUGUCACGGGCUGGUGGGGUUUUGUUCGUCACCCCAACUACCUUGGUGACAUCAUCAUGGCUCUGGCGUGGUCCCUACCCUGUGGUUUCAGCCACAUCCUGCCCUAUUUCUACGUGAUCUAUUUCAUCUGCCUGCUGGUGCACCGGGAGGCGCGUGACGAGCACCACUGCAAGCAGAAGUACGGGCUGGCCUGGGAGCGCUACUGCCAGCGCGUGCCCUACCGCAUCUUCCCCUACAUCUACUGAGCACUCCAGGGCCUGCUGGGCACAGCCCUGCCACACCUACAUCCCUUGCAGAGACAGAUACCUCCUCCCUUUGCACUUGGGCAGUUGGUAUUUAGGCUUGUAAAGAAAACAAAACAAAACCCCACCAAACGUUGGAGUGCGUCGAAGGUGUUGCUUACGGUAACUUCGAGGUGUGAGUUAUGUGAACUGACUGUCUGUGACUUCAGUUUUAAAAAAAAAAAUUGUGAAUUUUCAAAACUCUUCGAGCCCUAAUUUUUCAAGCUAAAUUUUAUCUAGAAUUCUGAGUUUACAUUUUUUAUUGCAUUUAAUUAAGCACUGUGAUGUAAAGUAUAUUAUUUUCUUAAUACAAUAAAUGCUGAAAUUCCAUCCAGUUCAUUUUUUGGUGUUACUCGUACCAUCUAACUUCAGAUGUCCCAUUUAGUUGCCUGAAUUGGAGGAGCAGCAGGGUCUUUUUGGGCAGUGAGCUGGAAGCAGAGGAUGUGAGGGGCCUGCAGCCCCCUGACCAGAGCUGGCACAGCUCAGCUUUACAUGGUUGUUCCUCUCCUGGCUUUUCAUUGAUGGCAUUUUUUUGGUCAGAGAGGCUCAGCUGGCCCCUCCUGCCCUGCACCUGCAGGAGGAUAAAGAGAUGGAGCUGGGAGAAGGGGCAGAGCUGUUCCCUUCUCCCUCCCCACGUUUUUGAGGCAGUUCCAGGAGUGCCCAGGGCAGCUCUGAGCCCUGGCUG